AUGAAUGAGAAGGAAAAGGAGGAGGUGGUUCUUGAUCAUUCCGCCCAUGUUCAUCCACUCAUUCUGACCAAAUCAGCUAGCAAUAGCAUUUAUGGUUGUUUUGGGUGUGAGAAGUACAUCUUCUCCGGAGAGACGAUCUACAGAUGCCGUGACGAAUGCAGCAACCGAACACUACACGAAGGAUGUGCAGUAAUGCCGGCAGAGAUCACCUUCUCCUUGCACCCUCAACACACCCUCGUCCAAAGACCCAAAGGAGUGUGGUCCGGAUACUCAUGUGCCAUCUGUUUAGAAUUGGGUACUACUGCAGUAGCUCAUGCCACUUCCAGAUCCACUUAA